UCCGGCUGGCGUUAAGAUCAGAUCAGGAAACUCCCAACUCCCACCAUCUCUAUUAUCUCCUUCUUCUUCUUCUUCUCUCUAUGAACAUUUCUACUAAUGGAAACCUAACAAUCUCUACGUGUUCUUCUUUCUUGGCAGCUGGUCGUUGCUGUCGUUUGAUCAACCCACCCAACUUUCUCUAUAAAUACCCCUUUUGUUAACAAAUAGGGACACCCAAAUUCCUUCUCUCAAAAACCCAGACUUUGUUUUGGUCUGUUUUUGAAGAGAGAGUUGAUUUUUUUGUUGGUUUCUACCAAUCAUGGCUAAUGGUGAAGAGAGUGGUAAUGGAGUUCAGAUCCGGCAGCGUCGGAGAUUGCCGGAUUUCUUACAGAGUGUCAACUUGAAGUACGUUAAACUUGGUUACCAUUACUUGAUAACUCAUCUUUUGACUUUUUGUCUGGUCCCUUUAAUGGCCGUCAUCAUCGUCGAAGCCUCGAGGUUGAGCCUCGACGACAUCCGCCAACUGUGGGUCCAACUCCAGUACAAUCUCGUCAGUUUCAUCGUCUUCUCCGCCGUUCUCGUCUUCGGGUCAACCGUUUACAUCUUGACCCGACCGAGAUCCGUUUAUUUGGUGGAUUACUCCUGUUACCUCCCUCCGUCGCAUCUCAAGGUCAAGUACCAGCAAUUCAUGGAACAUUCAAAGCUCACUGGCGAUUUCGAUGAGUCGUCCCUCGAGUUCCAGCGCAAGAUUUUGGAGAGAUCGGGGCUCGGCGAGGAGACGGUGGUGCCGGAGGCGAUGCAUUUGAUCCCUCCCCGGCCGACGAUGGCGUCGGCCAGGGAAGAAGUUGAGCAGGUGAUGUUUGGUGCAUUGGACAAGCUAUUUGCCAAUACUAAUGUUAAGCCAAGAGACAUAGGGAUUCUUGUUGUUAAUUGUAGCUUGUUUAACCCUACACCUUCAUUGUCCGCCAUGAUUAUUAACAAGUACAAGAUGAGGGGGAACAUUAGGAGCUUUAAUCUUGGGGGAAUGGGGUGUAGUGCGGGUGUGAUAUCCAUUGAUCUCGCUAAAGAUAUGUUGCAAGUUCAUAGGAAUACUUAUGCCAUUGUUGUUAGUACUGAGAACAUCACACAGAAUUGGUAUUUCGGUAACAAGAAAUCGAUGUUGAUCCCGAAUUGUUUGUUCCGAGUCGGUGGCGCGGCGGUUCUGUUGUCGAAUCGGCCGGCGGAUCGGAGGCGGAGCAAGUACAAGCUUGUCCAUGUGGUGAGGACACAUUGUGGGGCAAACGACAAGGCGUUCAAGUGUGUUUACCAGGAACAGGAUGAUGCUGGGAAAACUGGUGUGUCCUUGUCCAAAGAUUUGAUGGCAAUUGCUGGUGGCGCACUUAAGACCAAUAUCACAACAUUGGGUCCCCUUGUUCUUCCCAUAAGUGAACAGAUCUUGUUCUUUGUAACAUUGGUGUCCAAGAAGUUGUUCAAUGCGAAAAUCAAGCCUUACAUCCCGGAUUUCAAGCUCGCGUUCGAUCAUUUCUGCAUCCACGCCGGCGGGAGGGCCGUGAUCGACGAGCUCGAGAAGAACCUGCAGCUUCUCCCGUUACAUGCCGAGGCCUCACGAAUGACACUCCACCGAUUCGGUAACACAUCGUCGAGUUCGAUCUGGUACGAGCUGGCCUAUACAGAGGCAAAAGGCAGGAUGCGGAAGGGCAACCGGGUCUGGCAGAUUGCAUUCGGGAGCGGUUUCAAGUGUAACAGCGCGGUCUGGGUCGCACUCCGGAACGUGAAGCCGUCUCCGAACAAUCCCUGGGAAGAUUGCAUCCACAGGUACCCGGUGCACCUCAAUCUGUAACCCUCAACUACAAGUUUGUCAUCGAAUCAUUUCUCGAUGUAACGCACCGUUGUUCGGUCUCGGCAGGGAGUUAGAUGUCGUGUAGUUGAAUGUCAUGGAUAUAGUACUGUUUCAACAUCAUCUUGUUUUAUACUUAUGGUGAAUAUAGUGUCUGUACUUCA